CAUAAACGUCAAAAGUCAAAUCAACUGUCAAAUUCAAUUCAACACAAAUGAAUGAAGCUUUUACAGAUUUUUGAAAAUAUUUUGUUAAUAAAUGUUUCAAAACUGGAUUUUACCAAAAGAUAAAAUGCAGGGCACUAUCAAGGAACUGCUGGACGCUUUAGGAUGUAGUUUGGAGGCGGACACUGUUUUAGAUUACAUCCAGAAUGAUCCCAACUACGGCAACAGUAAUUUAUCGUCCAAGCAAGUGAACGAAUACGCACAGAGAUUGGCGCUUAAAGCUUCAAACGCCAAGUCAUUUUUGAAAAAAUAUGAAGAGCUAAGGAACAGAAAUACGGACAACUUGGCUGAUAUUAUAGCACUAUUCUACAAACUAGUGUGUGAAGAAAAGAAAUCAAAAAUAUCCAAACCAAAAGUGGCUCCGAAACCUGUACUAGGUGAUAAUAAACAUCAGAUUACAAAAGAUGAUCUUCCUCAGAUUAAAGACAAACUUUUAAAAGCUGUGGAUGAAAGUAAGAAACUAGUCAUGAAGUCUUUUGAAGAUAAAGAAACCAAGCUUAGGCCAAACUGGUACAGCAGUCUGGACUUGCCCAGCUGGCAAAAAGAUCACCCGGCCAUGUCUUGGGACUUUCCAAAAGAACCUACUCCAAUCAUAUCUUCCCUCUCUGGUGUGCCAAUAGCAUCUCAAGAAAACAUAAUCAUUGAUGAUUUACUAUACAUCUUCUCUGGUGUUCCGGGGAACUACAUAGUCCACCAACCAGUUAAAGAUACCUAUGAUCCUCGAACAUUCCUAAUAUCUGAUGAUGUGGAUGAUGCACUAAAACAAAUUGUUCAACAAAUGCUUCCAUUAGCUUCCAAUUACUCCAUAGUGAGAAGGUUUAUUGAGCACUGUGAUAUGUGGUCAGGCCAGGUUCUGCAUGCAUUAGUUGCAGCUAUUGACAUUCUUUUGAAGGAUUAUUAUACUAUGAUAGCUCAGCUGGAGACUGAACAUUUAUCUGGAAACCUCACAUUACAAAAGCUCUGGUACUUUGUCUUGCCUACAAUGCAUACCAUGCAAGUCCUUGCCGCUAUUGUUACAAAUAUUGGAAAGAGUGAGUUGCGAGGUGGUGCAGUUCUCACUGUUCUACACGAUAAAACUAAUACAUUGAUGGGCGACGCAAGAGCCCAAGAAAUUUCUUUGUUCCUAACCGAGCGAGCUUGCCGACCCUACCUUUGUAUUUUAGACCAGUGGAUACAUAAAGGCACUAUUGUUGAUCCUUUCCAGGAGUUUAUGAUAGAAGAUAAUGAGCUUAUCAACAAAGAAGAGCUUCCAGUAGACUACUCAGCGGAUUACUGGGAGAAACGUUACAGUAUUCAGAGAGACAGAGUGCCAAAGUUCCUAGAUAAGUUCACUGACAUCAUUCUAAGAACUGGGAAAUAUUUGAAUGUCAUUAGCCAGUGUGGUAAACCAAUCACAAAAACCAACACUGAAGAAAUAAAGUAUUCUCUAAGAGAACAGAACUAUGGUGCCAUAAUACAGAAAGCGUAUGCAUACGCCAGCAAGUCGUUAUUGGAGCUCCUUUUGAAGGAGUAUGAUCUCAUGGGAAGAUUGAAGUCGGUGAAGAAUUACUUUUUGAUGAGUCAAGGAGACUUUAUUGUACAGUUCAUGGAUGCUACUGAACAAGAAUUGUCUAAGAAAAUCGAUGAUAUCAUACCUUCGAAACUGGAAUCCCUUUUGGGAUUGUGUUUAAGACUGUCAGCAGCAAGUCACGACCCGUACAAUGAGGAUAUGAAGAUAGAGUUGCUUCCCUACGACUUGCAAUUCCAAAUGUUUAAGAUACUGUCUAUUGAGACUGAGGAUGAGAAAGAUUACAAACAGAACAAAGACUGCCUACCACUGACUGGUAUAGAGACAUUCUCCUUUGGCAUGGAAGUGAAGUGGCCAGUCUCUUUGGUACUUAACCAUAAAGCUAUAGCCUGCUACCAAAUGAUAUUCAGACACCUGUUCUACUGCAAACACGUGGAGAGAUUGCUGUGCAGGGUGUGGCUGUACAAUAAGGUAGUGAAGCGUUUCUCUGCGGCCCGGCUGUACGCGGACGCGUUCGCGUUGCGCCAGCGCAUGCUGAGCUGCAUCCAGCAUCUGCAGUACUACAUGUGUGUCGAGGUCAUCGAGCCCUCCUGGUGCCAGCUCAUACAGAGCCUCGAUAAGGUUCACAAUGUCGAUGAAGUGCUGGAACGUCACAAUGACUUUUUGGAGUCAUGUCUUGGAGACUGUAUGCUGACCAGUCCGCAACUUUUGAAAGCAGUCACGACUUUGUGCCUCGUCUGUGUACAAUUUUGUACAUUCAUACAGGUACGCAAACACAUUUUAUUCAAAAAAUCCUCAUAACACCUAUAACAUUCUUUAGAAUUUACAGGUAGAUUAUUUUAAUCCUAUAGUACCUAAGCAAGCAUAUUAGCGAGAUAUUUUU